AUGUCAGCAGUGUUAGCUUUGGUAAACUUGAAGGCAAGAUUUGGGUGGAGUGAUAAAAGCUUCACUGAAUUGCUGGUCUUAUUGAAGAACAUGCUUCCUGAACAAAACACUUUGCCGAAAAAUCACUACGAGGCCAAAAAGAUUUUGUGUCCAGUGGGAAUGGAGUACAAGAAGAUCCAUGCAUGCCCUAAUGAUUCCAUAUUGUAUAGAAAUGAGUAUGCAGAACUACGGCAAUGCCCCACGUGUGGAGUAUCACGAUACAAAGUGCAACAUGAUGAAUUAACUGAUGAUGUAGGAACCAAAAAUUGUCGUCCUGCCAAGUGGAAGACAAUUGAUUGUUUGUAUCCAGAGUUUGGGGAUGAGCCAAGGAACCUAAGGCUUGCUCUUGCUUCUGAUGGAAUGAAUCCUUAUGGUAGCUUAAGCAGCAACCACAGGAAUGAUAUUGAUGUGUAUCUUACGCCAUUAAUCGAAGACUUGAAACAAUUGUGGGAAGAAGGGGUAGAUGUGUGGGAUGCAAAUGUGCAGCAGACGUUCAGGUUACGCACAAUGGUGUUUUGUACUAUUAAUGAUUUUCCAGCAUAUGGAAAUUUAAGUGGAUACAGUGUGAAAGGGCAUCAUGCAUGUCCUAUCUGUGAGAAAAACACAAGCUUCAUCCAACUCAAGCAUGGAAAGAAGACACUAUAUACCAGACACCGAAGAUUUCUAAAAGCUUUUCACCCUUAUCGACAAUUGAAAAAAGCUUUUAAUGGAAGUCAGGAGAAUGAAGGCCCCCCGGAAGCAUUAACUGGAAACCAAGUUCAUGAUCGCGUAAAGGACAUUGUAACCGUGUUUGGCAAGUCCCAGAAGAAGACAUCAUCUCCCAAAAACAUGUGGAAGAAACGCUCAAUAUUCUUUGAUCUUCCAUACUGGUCUGAUCUAUAUGUGCGGAAGACAAAGGAUGGUUUGAAAUGUCAUCAAGACUUGGUUGACAUGGGAAUACGAGAGCAGUUGCAUCCCAUAUCACAAGGUCGGCGAACAUAUUUACCCCCAGCAUGCCACACACUGUCAACACCAGAGAAGAAAAGUUUUUGUCAAUGUCUGCGGAAUGUCAAAGUUCCACAAGGAUACUCUUCAAAUAUCAAGAGCCUUGUCGCCCUCAGUGAUCUUAAGUUGGUUGGCUUGAAGUCUCAUGAUUGCCAUGUCUUAAUGCAACAAUUAUUGCCUGUUGCGAUUCGCGGCAUCUUGCCUGACAAAGUUAGAGUUGCCAUAACCCGUUUGUGCUUUCUUUUUAAUGCCAUAUGUAGUAAAGUCAUUAAUCCUCAUCAAUUGGAUGACUUGGAGAAUGAGGCUGCCAUUGUCAUUUGUCAGUUAGAGAUGUAUUUCCCACCAUCAUUUUUUGACAUCAUGGUUCACCUCAUUGUUCAUCUUGAGGGAAAUUCGGUUGUGUGGUCCGGUUUUUUUGUGGUGGAUGUAUCCAAUUGA